CUCUCGCGUUUCGACGCUCUCCAGCUCUCCCGGCAUUCGUUUGGGAGCCUGUCGUUGCAGCGCAGCGCAAAGCUUGUGCUCCACAAUCAGAUAGCACGCGUCUCGAGAUCCAGAGUCUCCCGAGCUCAGAUCUACCUUCAUCUCCCCGACUCGCGUAGCGGAGCAACUGCAAGCAAGUCUCAUACGUAAACAUGAGUGCCACCGUGGUAUUGGGCGCACAAUGGGGCGACGAAGGCAAAGGCAAGCUCGUUGACAUCCUCUCUGCGGAGUUCGAUAUAUGCGCACGAUGCGCCGGAGGCAACAAUGCCGGACACACCAUCGUGGUCCCCAUGGGCCCGGAGAAGGUCAAGAAGACGUUUGCCUUCCACCUGCUCCCUAGCGGCUUGGUGAAUCCUAAAUGCACCGGUCUCAUCGGCAACGGCGUCGUUGUGCACGUUCCUUCGUUCUUCGAGGAAUUGGAUGCCCUCCAAGAGCAAGGCCUCGACUGUACCGGGCGUCUGUUCAUCUCAGACCGGGCGCAACUAGUCUUCGACUUUCACCAGAUCGUCGAUGGCUUGAAGGAGGUCGAGCUUGGCGGAUCCAGCAUCGGCACGACCAAGCGAGGCAUCGGUCCUGCUUACUCGUCUAAGGCGUCUCGCUCCGGUCUUCGCGUCCACCACCUCUUCGAUCACGACACCUUCGCGCAGAAGUUCCGCAAGCUCGUUGAGGGUCGUUUCAAGCGCUACGGCCACUUCGAGUAUGACACCGAGGGAGAAAUCCUCCGUUACAAGGCCCUCGCGGAACGCCUGCGCCCCCACGUCAUUGACUCCGUGGUUUACGUCCACAAAGCGCUAUCAGAGGGCAAGAAGCUUCUUGUUGAAGGCGCGAAUGCGUUGAUGCUGGAUAUCGACUUCGGAACGUACCCCUACGUUACCUCAUCGUCAACGACAAUUGGUGGCGUGUGCACUGGCCUGGGUAUCCCGCCCAAGCGCAUUGGCAAGACUAUCGGUGUGAUCAAGGCAUAUACGACUCGCGUCGGUGGCGGACCGUUCCCCACGGAACAACUCAACGACGUUGGCGUUCACUUGCAGGAAAUCGGGCGCGAGUUCGGUGUCACGACCGGUCGCCGUCGUCGCUGCGGCUGGCUCGACUUGGUCGUGAUGAAGCACUCGUGUCUCAUCAACGGCUACGACAGCCUGAACCUCACGAAGCUCGAUAUCCUGGAUGACCUGGACGAGAUCAAGGUUGCAGUCAAAUACCUGGUCAACGAGCAAGAGUUGCCCGGAUUCCCUGCCGACCUUGAGGUCCUCGCAAAGGUCGAUGUUGUCUAUGUGACGCUUCCUGGCUGGAAGAAGUCCAUCACUGAGGCGAAGACCUUCAACGAGUUGCCCGAGAACUGCCAGAAGUACAUCGGCUUCAUCGAGGAGUUCUUGAACGUUCCCAUAGAGUGGAUAGGUGUUGGUCCCGGCCGCGAGAGCAUGGUGACGAAGGAAGGCAAAGUGCAAGGAUAAAGUAGAAGUCUGUACGCGUAGUGUAUACAAAAUUGUAAGAACCACGUUGAAGUCGAUUCAAAGCCCGGCAGAGCCCCGACGCUCACA